AUGGCGCCGAUUGAAGUUCUUGCGUACAGAUGGCUUCCGAGGUGCGGUGCGAUAGUAGCUGGACUGUGGAUUUUCAGCAAAGUAUUUGAUGCUGCUCAUGAGCGCGUAUUCCCCAUGAUAUAUCCCCGUAUCAUAGACAGAAUUACAAUCAGCGUUGCCAGAGUUAUGACGCCGAUUAAGCGUGACCUGUUCGCAGACCUCCCGAUGCUUCAACAGCGAGCUACUCGCUCAGGUGACGAUUUCACAGUCCUGGAAAUCGGUGUCGGGACUGGGGCGAACUUCAAAUACUACCCCGAGGGGACGAACCUGAUUCCAGUGGACCCCAUGGAGGGAUUUGACAGCUACAUAGAGUCCAGCACUAGCAAGUUUUCUCACAUCAAAAUUCAGAAGUUAGUGAUAGCUUUCGGUGAGGAUAUGAGAGAAGUUGCUGAUAACAGCGUGGACGUUGUCGUGGUAACCUGGGUGUUGUGCUCUGUGCAAAAUGCCGACGAUGUAAUGAAUGAAAUCAAAAGAGUGCUAAAACCAGGAGGCAAGUUCUAUUUCAUGGAGCACACCGCAGCACUACGGAAUAGUUGGAUGUACUUGAUACAAAGACUACUGAACCCUGCAUGGCAUAAGAUAUCUGGAUGUUCUAUGGCAGAGGAAACAUGGAAAGCUAUCGAUGAAGCUGGCUUCUCAGAAGUAAAAUACAAAAGAUUCAGUGCCCCUGUUACAUGGCCAUUUAUCAAGCCCCAUCUAGCAGGAUAUGCUGUCAAGUAA